AGUAGCCGCGCGGAGAUACCCCCUUUCGGUGGGGGUAAUUAAUAAAUACGCAACGCGUUCCGUCGAAGGCGAUCGAGGUGGUCGAUCAAGGCGGGACCGGAGAAGAUCUUUGGCGAGCCUGGCGGUGGAAGGCGAGAAGGCAGAGCGGAGCGAAGGGAAGUGGUGGGAGGGGCGCGUUGUCAGGCAGUUCUGCUGCAGCAGCCGAGGAGAAAGUUACUUUGCAAAGGCGAGGGAGGCAUGGCCUCAGUAAGAAACCCGGCGAUGACCCGUCUCUGCGACCAGGCGCGCCGGCGUUGAGCAGGCGGCUCCCAAAGGAAAGGCGCAGAACAGGCACGGCUGCCCCCCUGGCAAAAGCGCAGCCUUUUUCCCGCACAGCCAGCGUCGGCGGAUCCGGGGAGAGAGCGAAGGCGCUCCGCUCGAGCGGCGAAGAGAGCUUCGAGCGCGGGAAGGCGCUGCGCCGUCGAGGAGCUUCGCCCCCGCCGGCCUUUUCUUGCAACCUUCGGCCGGGCUCGGACCUCCGAGUCGUUCCGUCUAACGAGCGCAGAGGCUUCCGCCUCUCGGGAAGGUUCGGUCCGACGACAGCAAGGCAGGGAAGGGAGCGCCGAGGAGCGCUCCAGCCGCUCCGGGAGAAGGCAUGGAGAGCGCGCACAGCCUGACCGCCGAGGAAGUCCUGCGGCGUUUCGGGGUGCGGGAGAGUUGCGGGCUCAGCGCCGAGCAGGUCCGACGGCAACGGGAGAAGUACGGCGCCAACGAACUUCCAGCUGAAGAAGGAAAAUCACUUCUGGAACUAAUAUUGGAGCAGUUUGAAGAUCUCCUAGUACGCAUCCUUCUCUUGGCUGCUUUUGUUUCCUUUAUUCUGGCCUGGUUUGAAGAAGGAGAAGAAACCACCACAGCCUUUGUGGAGCCUGUUGUGAUUAUUAUGAUCCUCAUAGCUAAUGCCGUGGUAGGAGUCUGGCAGGAGAGGAAUGCUGAGAGUGCAAUUGAGGCCCUAAAAGAAUAUGAACCAGAAAUGGGGAAGGUGAUCAGAGCAGACAGGAAUGGAGUGCAGCGGAUCCGAGCCCGAGACAUUGUCCCAGGCGAUAUUGUGGAGGUAGCAGUUGGUGACAAAGUGCCUGCUGACAUCCGAAUCAUUGAGAUCAAGUCCACAACACUGAGGGUAGAUCAAUCCAUUCUUACAGGCGAAUCUGUCUCCAUCAUUAAACAUACUGAUCCAAUCCCAGACCCAAGGGCUGUUAACCAAGAUAAAAAGAACAUGCUUUUUUCUGGAACCAACAUCGCUGCAGGCAAAGCUGUUGGUGUUGUCAUUGCCACUGGAGUGUACACAGAGAUUGGGAAAAUCAGGAAUCAGAUGGUGGCCACAGAGCCCGAGAAGACCCCUCUGCAACAGAAGCUGGAUGAGUUCAGCCAGCAGCUGUCCAAGGUCAUCUCCCUUGUCUGCAUUGCAGUCUGGGUCAUCAACAUCAGCCACUUCAGUGAUCCCGUGCAUGGCGGCUCCUGGUUUCGCGGUGCCAUUUACUAUUUCAAGAUCGCCGUGGCUUUGGCAGUGGCUGCCAUCCCUGAAGGACUUCCUGCAGUUAUCACGACUUGCCUGGCAUUGGGCACCCGCCGGAUGGCCAAGAAGAAUGCCAUUGUCAGGAGCCUCCCCUCUGUGGAAACCCUGGGAUGCACUUCAGUCAUUUGCUCUGACAAGACAGGCACCCUGACGACCAACCAGAUGUCCGUCUGCAGGAUGUUCAUUGUGGAGAAGAUUGAGGACAGUCAUUGCAGCUUGCACGAGUUCACCAUCACUGGGUCCACCUACACCCCUGAGGGACAAAUCUUAAAGAAUGAACACCCUGUCAAGUGUGGAGAAUUUGAUGGCUUAGUUGAACUUGCAACCAUUUGUGCCCUUUGCAAUGAUUCUUCGCUGGAUUAUAAUGAGUCCAAGAAAGUUUAUGAAAAGGUGGGCGAAGCAACAGAAACAGCCUUGACCUGCCUUGUAGAGAAGAUGAAUGUUUUCAAUACAGACACCGGAGGUUUUUCCAAAGUAGAAAGAGCCAGUGCCUGCAACACGGUAAUCAAAAAGCUGAUGAAGAAGGAAUGCACCCUUGAAUUUUCCCGGGACCGCAAGUCCAUGUCUGUGUAUUGCACACCUGUGGCCUCCAGUCACAACUCCUCGAGUGGCAAGCUCUUUGUCAAGGGUGCUCCGGAAAGUGUCAUUGAGCGCUGCAGUUACGUUCGUGUCGGCGUAAAGCAAGUCCCUUUGACUUCUUCCAUCAAAGAGAAGAUCCUCUCCAAGAUCCGGGAAUGGGGUACCGGCAUCGACACUCUACGCUGUCUCGCCUUGGCCACAAGAGACCAUCCACCUCGGAAAGAGGACAUGCAUCUCGAUGACUCCAACCAGUUCGUCAACUAUGAAACUAAGUUGACCUUUGUCGGCUGCGUGGGAAUGCUGGACCCUCCUCGGAAGGAAGUGGUGUCAGCUAUCGAAAUGUGCAAGAAAGCGGGCAUCCGCGUCAUCAUGAUCACCGGAGACAACAAAGGAACAGCCGUGGCUAUCUGCCGGAGGAUUGGGAUCUUCUCAGAGAGCGAGAACGUGGCCGACAAAGCCUACACGGGCCGAGAAUUUGACGAUCUCUCACCAGAAGCCCAAAGCAAUGCCUGCCGUUCAGCUCGAUGCUUUGCCCGGGUAGAGCCUGCGCAUAAGUCCAAGAUAGUUGAAUACUUACAGUCAUUCAAUGAAAUCACAGCGAUGACUGGUGACGGAGUGAACGAUGCCCCUGCUUUGAAAAAAGCUGAAAUUGGUAUUGCAAUGGGCUCUGGAACAGCGGUGGCCAAAUCGGCUGCAGAGAUGGUUUUGUCAGAUGAUAAUUUUUCUACCAUUGUGGCUGCUGUGGAGGAGGGCAGAGCUAUUUACAACAAUAUGAAGCAGUUCAUCCGCUACCUCAUUUCUUCUAACGUUGGAGAAGUCGUCUGCAUCUUCUUGACUGCCAUCCUGGGCCUUCCUGAAGCUUUGAUCCCUGUCCAGUUGCUUUGGGUGAACCUGGUGACUGAUGGGCUGCCAGCUACGGCCCUCGGCUUUAAUCCUCCUGACCUUGACAUCAUGGAUAAAUUGCCCCGGAACCCUAGAGAACCUCUCAUUAGCGGGUGGUUGUUCUUCCGCUACCUUGCAAUUGGAGUUUAUGUUGGGUUUGCAACUGUAGGUGCAGCUACUUGGUGGUUCUUGUAUGAUGCUGAAGGACCUCAUGUUACCUUUCACCAACUGAGGAACUUCAUGAGAUGCACAGAAGACAACCCCAUCUUUGAAGGCAUUGAUUGUGAAAUCUUCGAAUCCCGUUAUCCAACCACCAUGGCACUCUCCGUGCUGGUGACAAUUGAGAUGUGCAACGCACUCAACAGUGUGUCUGAAAACCAGUCGCUGCUCAGGAUGCCUCCCUGGCUGAACAUCUGGCUCCUAGGAGCCAUUGUUAUUUCUAUGGCUCUGCAUUUCCUGAUUCUGUACGUGAAGCCAUUCCCUCUGAUCUUUCAGGUGAUCCCACUUAGCUGGCCUCAAUGGGAGAAAGUGCUGCAAAUCUCUUUGCCAGUUAUCCUGCUGGAUGAAGGCUUGAAGUAUCUCUCCCGUAACCAUUUAGAUGGCAAAGAGACCAAGGAAUGACCAGAAAUGACCAGAAACUCCGUUUCUCCGCAAAAUGAAUCGUAAACUCUUACCUGGGACUGAAGAAAUUGCAUGCUCGAACAUUUCCAAAAGACAUCAAGGAAUAUGCAUGUUUUUUGAAGUCUCAGACUUAAUGCGGGUGAAUUGUCAAAACAAAUGAAAAACUGAUGUUUUUGUUUUUAUUUUUACUUUUGUUAUGUAGCUGGGUUUUUUUUUUCUCCCUGUAUAUAGUUGUGCAAAUACUGGACAGUUAAAUUAUGGCUGGGGAGGGAGGGCAAAGUUUGCUCUUUAAUAGAGGCAAACCUUUAGAGAUCUGCUUCUGAAGAUUUAAUUCCUUUUUUAAAAAAUCUCUUUUUUCCCCCCGGAAGAAAUAUGCUCAGAACUUCAUUUUUCUCUUGAAACAAGCAAUUGUUUGCAGGAUAUUCUAUGGUUCUUGUCAGAAAUAGCCCCUGGUGGGAUGAAUCUAUCCUUCACCAUCAAGGCCCUCUUUGACACAGUCCUGUCAGCUUUUAUAAGAGACAGAAAAUACCACGUGACUUGAGGUAGCCAAUCAGAUUUUUUUGAGAAAUAUGUUUGACCACCUGAUUGGCUACUGUAUAUUCAUCAUAUCUUACUGGAGACUGGCUGCUGAAACCAUGCUUGGCUUUGCGUAGAUGUCUAAAUUCUAGAAUUAGAAGAUGGCUGCAACACUUGUGCUUGCAGGCUUAUGAGAAAGAGGGUAGAAAAGUUCAAUAUACCCUUAGCCAUCUACUUCUGCCAUGUUUUCUUCUUGUGUGGGAAACCUUUUCUCCCACCAUUCUUUCAUAGCUUUGUUGCAUGGAGGAGGACCCCCAGCUUCUCCUAUACCAGAAAGCUGAAUUCAGUGUGGAAUUAGUGUAGAAAGGAUUAGUAUUUUGAAAGAAAGAUUUUAGUUUUGCCAUUUCUCUCUUAUAUCAAUUCUUUAUUCAAUUCUUACAUACCCCUUGUAUAUAAAAUAUUGUCUGGAGACAUAUGUUUGCGUGACCAUAAAUAUAUAGAGAAAUGUCUCGUUAGAAGUCAACUCAUUGAUCCAUUUAGCUCAGGUUUGUCCAAUCCGCGGCCCAUAGGCCACACGCAACCCUGGACAGGUAGUAAUACAGCCCGAUAAGAUCGUAAACCUUUAACAUUACUAUGUGAGUUUUAGCAAUAUUUUGUAUACAGUAACUAUAUUAUAUGUUUUGUAUGCAACCCAAGACCAUUCCUCGUCAUCCAGUCGCAGCUCAAAAAGCCAACAUUUAGCCCAUCUGACUGGUAGCACAAUUCUUCUGGCUAUCGUUUUUCUCACUUGCUGCCUGAAAUCUUUGUAACUGGAUAUAUUGGAGGCUGAAUCUGUGCACUCCUACAAAAAAAAUGAAAUAUUUUGCCACUGAACUGAGAAGCUACCGUAUUUUUC